AUGAGCUACCGCUGGCUGGCUCUCGACCACUUAUUGGUUGCCUGGAUUUGGAUCACAUCUUUGUCAUUGUCCUCGCGAAGCAGCGUCCUGGCGGUGACCAGCUCGCCGAGUUCCUUGAAAUACGAUUUACCAGCGCAGUGCACAAUUCAGCAAGAGACCUGGUUGAGCUGCGUCCACACUCACUGGGGCAGCUCCCACUUGAACAUUUCAAGAGUUCUAGGAGAAUACGUGACUGCCCUGACGAUAAUCUGCGAGGAUAAUCUGCAAGCAUCAAUCAGAUCCAAGGAAAAUUCAGGAGCUGAGGGUGACCUUGAAGCGGCCAAGCUGGUGGAGGAGUACUCGCACUUAUGGAGGCUGAAGGACCUGAAGGUGCUGGGCUGCCAGGUGAGGAGCUGGUCAGGAAAGGUCCUGGCAGGGUUCCAUGACUUGCGAAACCUGACGGUCAGAGGAGCUAACCAGGAUCGCAAGAAUCAGGAUGUUUUUGAAUUGGAAAAAGGCGCCUUUGAGAUCACCCGGCUGAUCGAGAAGAUGGACCUGUCUGGGAACAACAUCUGGCAGCUUCCUGAGGGUGUCUUCUGCCCUUUGACGAGCUUGGUGACGCUGAACGUGUCUUGGAACAUGUUGAAGGACGUGGCGGAGUUGGGGUUCAGUGAUUACAGUGUCGGUGUUUCUAAACGGGACGUUGAUUCCGCUCCGGUGGUGACGCAAAUCACAUGUUCGCUGGACAUCCAGAGCUUGGAUGUGUCUAACAACCAGAUUUCAGUUCUGCCGUCUCACGGGUUCUCCUCACUGCAGAGGCUUAGAACGCUCAAUGUGUCUGGAAAUGUAAUCAGAGUGGUUGACGAUGCGGCUUUGAAGGGGCUGAGAUCCCUUGAAGUAUGCGAUCUGUCUAGCAAUCGGAUUGUCGCCCUCCCGGCUGGAAUGUUCGAAGACGCGACUAACACUCUGAAGGAGCUGAGACUCCAGAAUAACUCGAUCAGCGCAUUGGCGCCAGGAUUGCUGAUCAACAUGAGCCAGCUUGUCACUCUCGAUUUGUCGAGGAACAUGCUUACUAGUUCUUGGCUAGACGGCAAUACCUUUGCCGGUCUGGUGAGGCUGGUGCUCUUGGAUUUAUCAAGGAACAAGAUCAACAAGAUCGACCCGGAGUUGUUCAAAGACCUCUACACCCUCCAGAUUCUCAACUUCCAGUUCAAUGAGAUAGAAAUCAUUCCGGCUGAUACGUUUUCUCCGAUGAGAAAUCUCCACACGCUUGAAUUGUCGCACAACAGACUGACGUACCUGGACGCUUACUCGCUCAACGGACUGUAUGUUUUGUCGUUGUUGUCGUUGGAUUCUAACGCUCUGGAAGGUAUCCACCCAGAUGCGCUUCGUAACUGCUCCAACAUGCAGGAUCUCAAUCUAUCAGGGAACAACUUUGAGUACAUUCCAAUUGCGCUGAAGGACAUGCGGCUGUUAAGAACUCUUGACCUGGGUGAGAACCAAAUCAAAACUCUCGACAAGCCCGGUUUCCGUGGAAUGACCAGUUUGUACGGGCUCAGAAUGAUCGGCAAUGAAAUAGUUAAUGUGACUCGUGGUGCUUUUGCCGAACUUCCUAAAUUGCAGAUUCUAAAUCUCGCGAGAAACAAGAUAGAGUACAUUGAAUACGGAGCGUUUGCAAGCAACGAAACCUUGCAGGCGAUCAGACUGGACGCUAACUACCUCCAGGACAUGACAGGAGUCUUCGCCAACACUCCCGGACUGCUCUGGCUGAACAUGUCUGACAAUCAAAUCAACCACUUCGACUACGCACUGCUUCCCGAGAAGCUUCAAUGGAUGGACCUUCACAAAAACAAGAUCCAAGACCUCGGAGUCGCUCCCAGCAAUCUUCACCUCCAAACCCUGGACGUCUCCUUCAACGAGCUGACUCGCAUCGACCCCAAAUCCGUCCCAGACUCCAUAGAGCUUCUGUUCGUCAACGACAACAAGAUCCACACCGUCCAGCCCAAGACCUUCUACGACAAAAUAAAUCUAACCCGCGUGGACCUCUACGCGAACCAGAUCGUCAAAAUGGACCUCUCUGCUUUGCAACUAAGCCAAAUUCCAGAAACCCGGGCUCUUCCUGAAUUCUAUAUCGGAGGUAACCCAUUUAUCUGCGACUGCACGAUCGAGUGGCUUCAAAGGAUAAAUUCGCUGUCACUCCGACAGCACCCACGUGUCAUGGACUUGGAACUAGUCUACUGUCGGCUUCCGUACAAUCGACACCGUUCCUUUGUGUCGCUGCUGGAAGCCAAGCCAUCUCAAUUCCUGUGUACCUACAAAGCCCAUUGCUUCGCCCUGUGCCACUGCUGUGACUUUGACGCCUGUGACUGCGAGAUGACCUGUCCGAGUAACUGCACGUGCUACCACGACCAGUCCUGGUCAGCAAAUGUCGUAGAUUGCUCCAAUUCUGACUACAAAACCUUGCCAGGGCGGCUGCCCAUGGACGCAACUGAGGUUUACCUAGACGGGAACAACUUCAGCGAGCUCACCUCCCAUUCCUUUAUCGGCCGCAAGAACCUGGAGGUGCUCUACGUCAACGACAGCAACAUCAUCACCAUCCACAAUCAUACCUUCAGCGGAUUGAAGCGGCUGGUGGUUCUGCACCUGGAGAACAACAGGAUAGGCCGGCUGAACGGCCCGGAAUUAAUCCCGCUGGAGAACCUGAAAGAGCUGUACCUCCAGAACAACCUCCUGACGUACAUUGACAAUGGAACCUUCAAUGCUCUGACCCACUUGGAGGUUCUCAGGCUGGACAACAACAAGCUCAAGACCUUCGCACUCUGGCAGCUGUCCUUGAACCCUUAUUUGGUGGACAUCAGCAUCUCCAGCAACCCUUGGAGCUGCGAGUGCGGAUUCCUGGACCAGGUUCGCGACUGGAUGACCAAGAACCAGGUCAAGAUCUCCGACUGGAAGCGGGUCACCUGCGAAUUGGGGAUGCCCAUCAACCUGGUGGUCAACGGAACGGUGGUAAAUUGUGCUGCGCUGACCGGAACCACUUCCGCAAUCGAAACCAGGCAGCUGGAGGCGUAUCUGCCGCUCCUGCUGGCCACUGCGGUGCUGUUCUUCGCGAUGGUCGCUCUGAUCUGCGGAGCGUUCAGGCACAGGAGGACGCUCAGGGCCUGGGCAGCCAGCAGGUGCGGAUUGAGAGCCUGCUACAAGACUGCGGCCUUUGAGGACCGGGAGAAACCCUUCGAUGCUUACAUCUCCUAUUCGGCCGUUGACGAAAAUUUCGUGUCGAGGGUCCUGGUUCCCGGUCUGGAGUCGUCUUACAGGCUCUGCCUGCACUACAGAGACCUUGGGGCUGGAGCCAAUGUUGCGGACGCUGUUGCGGAGGCUGCGGACUCCUCCAGGAGGACCAUUCUUAUCUUGUCCAGGAAUUUCCUACAUGGAGAGUGGUCCAGGUUCGAGUUCAAGGCCGCGCUCAGGGAGGCUCUCAGGGGCAAGGGCAGGUCUGUUAUUUUGUUACUUGUUGGAGGCGUCUGCCCCAGGGACCUUGACGCUGAUCUGAGGAAGAGGAUCUCCUCGCACACGGUUCUCGUUUGGGGGGAUAAGCUGUUCUGGCAGAAAUUAAAGUUCGCCAUGCCUGAUGUCUCGCCGAUUCCUGUGCUUGAGAGACCUCUGCCUUUGCCACCUCCUCCUCCACCGCCUUCGCAACAUUUGUGGGCAUAG